AUGGAAAAGUAUCUACUUGCGAGUUCUAAUGUUUCAAAUAAAAAGAAAAUGGAAAAUAGUGAGAAAGAAAAUGAUCAAUUAAAUAUGCCACCGGAAAAAAAGAAAAAGCUUGACAAAUAUCAACCAAAAUGGCAAAGUAUAUAUGAUUGGCUGGAAACGGAAGAAAAAAAUGGAGUUAUCCUUAUGUUUUGUAAACUUAGCCGAGCCCACAAGAAGCGUAAUCCAUUUGCAAAAGAGGGUUGUACUUCGUAUAAAACAACUUCUCUGGAUCGCCAUAAAAUGUGUAAAGAACAUUUGCAAACCAUUGAGGCAGAAUCCUGCAAAAGAGAUAUGCAAGUAGCUACGUUCAUAAAACUCCAAGGAUGUGAUGUUAAAAAUUCCAAAAUAAGAUAUGAACACAGUGAUUCUGUGAAUGAACUUCAUUCAUGCAUUGCUGAGGUGAUUGAGGAUAAUCUUUUGGAAGAAGUGAAACAAGUGGGUGUUUGCUCAUUAAUUUGUGAUGAAACGUGCGAUUUGGCCAAUGAAAAACAUCUCGGCAUUAACAUUAGAUAUGUAACGAAUGGAAAAGUAAAAUGCGAAUUUUUGGAAAAUAUUUUUAUCCAGGAUGGUAAAGCUGAUACAUUAAUGUUUUCUAUUCAAGAAAUGUUGGAUAAAAAAGGAAUCAACAUUUCAAAAAUGGUUGCGUUGGGCUGCGAUGAUGCGCGAGUUAUGUUGGGAAAAAAUGCAGGCUUGAUUGCUCGUUUGAAAGAGGUAAAUCCCUGUAUAAUUGCAAUAAAUUGUACAGCUCACAGACUGGCUCUUGUUAUGCAGGAUGCUGUCAAAAAUUUACAGAUUAUUCGUUCUUAUAGCGAUACAGUCAGAGCAAUAUUCGCAUACUUCAAUGCUUCAGCUGUCCGAUCAGCAAAGUUAGCAGCUGUUCAAAAAUUAGUAAGUGAAACGGUAGUGAAAUAUGUAACAUUUCACUCUAUUCGCUGGUUGUCGCUACAUAAAGCUGUAGAAGUUCUAUAUAAAACUUUGGACUCGCUCAUGGUCUAUUUGGACUCGCAAACGGAGAGAAAUGACCCAACAGCACCUGGACUAUUGAGAUCCGUAAGACAUAUUAGGAAUACACUAGAAAAUUUAAAACACAGUCCAGGCGUGAAUGAAAAGCGAUUCAUUCACAAUAUUAUCGUAAAUGAAGAAAAUGAUAGGGAAGAAAUGGAAGGUGCUAGCGAAGGUUAUUACUCAACGAUUAAUAAAAAGAUAAUUUCAGCUUCCUCACUGGAUCAGCUCACUGCCACUAAAAUAUCAUUAAUAAAUUCAAUUAAAGAAAGUAUGGAUAGAAGAUUCCCAGAAGAAUCUAUGAAUAUUAUUCAAAACUUUAGCGCCUUUGACCCUUUUUUAUUAAAAUCUGCUAACAAUGAAGAGAUGAAAGCAAAAGUGCUAUCGUUAGGAAACCAUUUUGUUACUUACGUAAAUUGCGAAAAACUGAUUGAAGAAUAUGAAGAUGUUUCUGUUAUGCUGAAGCAUAGUUACAAAGAUUUAAACCUAAGUGAAGUGGCAGAACUGUUUCCGCGAAAAUACAAAAAUACAUACCCGAACACAUCAACAUUAAUGGAAAUUUAUUUGGUGAUACCCAUAAGUUCAGCCUCUGUUGAGAGAUCCUUUAGUACCCAAAAUAGAAUCAAAAAUAAGUUUCGAAAUAGACUUGCUCCAAAAACGCUCAGCAAUUUAAUACGCAUAUGUGAUGCAGGUGUAGACUUGGAGAACUUUCCAUAUGAUGUAGCUGCCACUAAAUUUAAUGAACGCAAAAAUAGGCGGUGCUAA